AGAACUUUGUCCGGGCUGUCCCUCGCCCUCACACUUCCCACCGCGCACCACUCCACACUGUUCUUCUCUCUCUGGUUCCCUUCCUUCCUACUUCUUGAGAGAGAGAGAGAGAGAGAGAGAGAGAGAGACGGGGGGCGAUGGGAGAGGGGAAGAGUUCUACGCUGGUCCACAUCCUCGUGGUCGCCCUCAGUCUCACCGCCUUCGGCUUCGCCAUCGCCGCCGAACGCCGCAGGAGCACCGGCACCAUUGUUACUGAUAACUUAAAUGCCACUUACUGUGUUUAUGAUUCGGAUGUCGCAACUGGCUAUGGAGUUGGUGCUUUCUUGUUUCUUUUCUCAAGUCAAACUCUGCUUAUGGGUGUCACAAAGUGUAUGUGCUUUGGCAAACCUUUAGCUCCUGGUGGAAGUCGAGCCUGGUCGAUCAUAUAUUUUUCCUCUUCAUGGCUGACUUUCUUAAUUGCUGAGGCAUGCCUGUUAGCUGGUGCGACGAAGAAUGCAUACCACACAAAGUACAGGCAUGUGAUCUAUGCUUCAAACUGGACGUGUGAGUCUCUGAGGAAAGGAGUAUUCAUUGCCGGAGCAGUCUUUGCGGUCUUCACCAUGAUACUUAAUGUGUAUUACUACAUGUACUUUUCGAAAGCUGCAAGUCAGGCUGCUCGGAAAACCAACAAGGCUAGCUCGACUGUUGGAAUGGCUGGUUAUACUUGAUCGCAGCCAAAUCAAACUGCACAGCGAUAGCUGUUUAUACAAAUGCUACAUCUUUAUCUCUUAUAUCGUGUUAUAUUUGACUCGUUACCUGCAACUGAGUUUGAAAAGGCUGUGUUUGAUUCCGGUAAUUGCAGAUGCUUUGAGUGUCUUUGGGUUGCUACUCUGGCUCCUAUUCCUCCU